GUAAAAUGCGGGCAUGUCUACUCUCAGUCUUCUCUCUGCUUAUACAUAUAUGCACCCCAAGCUAAAAAUGAUUCUGUGCCAAGAGAGAAAAAGUCUAAGGGAUGCUUGUUCUUCUUUUAUCUUGGGUGGCUUGCCCCCCUCCAUCCAUGCUGCUCGCUUCUUGCGUCUCAAAUCUGGCUACACAUCCACUUCACUUACACAAUCAUUUUCUGCACGUAGCCAUUGUAAUGCCCGAAAUAAUUUUGCAGAUGCUGCGUUUUGAGUAUAAUACAUAUAUUAUGUUGAAUGGUGACUAGAUUUGCAAAAAAAAUGUUUUCAACUAUUUAAGAAUAAUAUUACAGAUUCAGGUGAUGACCUUUCGCCGAGUACACACAAUGGACACAGUGGUUUAUAAUUAAAUAUCUACUUGCAAUUAAAUCAACACAAUGGACAAUCUUUCGGAUUCAUUUCGAGGGGAGCUGGACUCCGUAACUUCGACAGACUCUCUUCAAUUGAUCACAGAUGAAUUCCAUCUGCGACAUCUCUCUACACCUGACGUCUCAAACAUUGAACUGUCCAAGCGAGUCGCCCUACUGGAACUGGAGAAUGAGCGGCUACGUGUAGAUUUGGAAAACGUGCGGAUUGAUCUCAACGCUCGGAUUGCAGCGAACCAGGGUCUCAAAGGCAAGAUAACCGAGCUGUUUGUGGAGAUGCAAACGGUGCUGCAGGACAAGCACAAACUACAAAACACGCUGACCGAUACCAAUAACCGUUUGUCCACGGCGGAGGCCUCCGCAAAGUGGUACCAGUCGCAGGUGCACAUCCUGAUGGCUGGCAAGAAGAGCUUGCAGGUGGAGAUAGACACGUAUCAAAACAUACUAAAGCAACGACAACAAGCGAUAGCGGAUGUGAACGCCAGUUAUAAGAAACUGAGCAAUGAGUAUACCGAACUCGCGCAACAGUAUCAAAGAGAGAAGCAGGAGAUGCAGAGUACGAUCAAGAAUCUGCAGUCGCAUAUCCGUUCCGUUAACAUGGCGCACGAUACGUCGGACGGAAACUCGACGGGUAGUUCAACAGACAUGUCUAUGAUGCUGGAGGCGACUGAGGAUGAGUUGCGAAACACUAAAGCCGAGUUGAAAACGCUGGAGCAGCGCCUGCUGAGUAACGAGAUAGCCAGGAUGUCAAUGGAAAAUACACUGAGCAAGCAGCGCGUCCUAAUCUCGUCCAUGGAGGAGUGUAUGCAGAAAUGCGAAACGGAGAAAAAUGAAACCGCUGAUCAGUUGCGAAAAACGCAAUUCGAAAUGCAGAAACUGAGCUCUGAGAAUGAGACGUUGCAGACCUCCUUAUUGGCAUCCAAACAAGAGCAAAGUCAAGUGGAGGACGCGAUAGCUCAUCUGAGAAUACAGCUGGGCAAGAUGAUAGCGCAGUACAAGCUCUUGAAGUCCAAGAACGCGGAAUACGAGGAGAAAUUGAGUACCAUGCAAGAUCUCACGAAUGAGAAUAGACGCUUGAGAACAUUAUCGCACAAGGCAAACGGUGCUCUGCUUAAGAAACUCAGAGAAGAAAAGACGAAGAUAAAAAAUUUAGAGCAGAAACUCUAUUACAAGCAGAUGAACAGUCAACUUAACAAUAUGAGAAAUAAAACUGAGCAUUCUUUGCGCGAAUGCCUGCAACAAGUUCUAUCAAGAAACAAGGAUUUACAAGACCGAUUGAAAUCGGUGACGAGGAUAACCGACGAUAGUGUUGACGAAGGAUACGGCGACAGCAACAGUAUUAAUACUUCCUCGGUUUCGUUGGACAUUCCGUCGCCGUCUCCCAUAAACUCAGUAUUAUUGAACAGCGCUGUCGACGUCCUUGCGCGAAGCAAAGACUUCGGCUUGCCAAUGCAAGAAGAGCUGAACACACUUCGGUCAACGAUAGAGAUAUUUCGAAACCAAUGCAACAUAUUGAACCAGAAAAAGAGUUUUCAUUCCAGUCUUAAUGAUGUGAUUCCUACAAGAGAUUCCACGUAGCUUGAGAUCUAUUUCUUGUUCGCUAAUACGCGAAUAAAAUAUAGGCAAAGCAAAUAAUGAUAUAUCCAAUCUAUAUGAAGCAUUCACAUAUAUCGUAUUUAAUUGAAUUCAAAUUAGGACCAUAAUUGACAGAUAAACUGAAUGUAAAUAUUACUUUCAAUAUUUGAUGAUAGUAUUAUUAACUGAGCUAUAAGAGGUUGUAAAUGACAGCAUUAAUAUUUAUUUGUUAUUGUUGAAUAUUUUAUAUAAUUGUUAUUUAUCAUGUGUUAUAUAUUUAUAUGUUCUUAUCUUUGUAUUCGAUAUAUUCGGCUUGCAGCUAUUGAUUGAAAAAUGCGUAUUAUUUAAAUUUGCCAAAUGAUGGGAGAAAUCUAUCGACAUUAUUUAUUUUGCAAAUAAGUAUGAAUAUAAACACUAAUGCUUAUCGCAAUCAGAACUAUUAUAAGCGCAAUAGCUAUAUACAAUAUAAAUAUCAUUGUAUUAAUAUAAAAAAAUGGCCAACAUAAUGUAAAUGUCAGUAUUACAAAAAUGUAAGAGAUGAGGGAUAUAUUCAUAUAUUGUUAUCAAAGAGAAAUUUUUACCGAGAUGUUGCAGUAAGAUUGAUGCAAACUGUGUGCAAUAUUUUUUAUUAAAAAUAAAAUAAAAUAUACAGAAUAAAUUAGUGAGUGCGACGAUAUCUUAUGUACUUACAGUUACUGUAAAGAGAAAUAGAGAGACAUUGUAAAUAUCUUUCGUAUAUCAGAUAUAUUGUAAUAUGGUGUCCGUAGAAUCGCGAUAAAGAAGAAUGUUGAUUUUUCAAAUAUUGUUUUAAAAUUCUAUUCGUUACAUAAAUUUCGUCGUGAAAAGAAAAGAACGUAGAAAUGUGAAUUACACUAAUUCUCUGCAUAACAAUAGAUAUAUAAUUACGUAUAUAAUAUGUAUAUAUUACAACAGCUUUGAAUAUUAUCAUGAAUAUAAUUACCCCGACUUUGCAUUGUAUUGUUUCCGUAAGAACUCGAACGCGACAAAUGCGUUGAAAAUAUGAUGACAGAUCUAAAUAUAUGUAUAUACGUUAUUGGAAAAUUUGCGUAUAUGUUUUCAACAAUCUCGCCUGGUAAUUUUCUAUUUAUUAUUCCUAUGACGCUAAAUUGCGAGAAAGGUGCCUUAAUUCGAUACUAAUUAAACACAUGGAUAGAUAUUGAUAAAACUCUAUGUCAAAACUCAUGUCAAUAAUAUCACACUUUAAUUAAUCAGAUUUUGGGAAUCGACUUCUCUAGAUUAAGAAAAUGCAUCUAUCAAAAAAGCUUCGGAUAUAGAAAACUAAUAUGAAAAAUUUGUAUUUAUUGGAUUGCUCUACAGCGUCAUAGAAUCUUAAUAAAAUGCAGAAAGAGAGAAAUCAAUAUAUAUUAAGUUACACAAACAAUUUCAUCACUCUGCGAGAUAAUCGUAAUAAAAAACUUGACUAUACGUGCCUAGAAAUACCAAGUUGAAUUUAAAAAAAUAUAUAUAAUAAAUGAAUAAAUACAAAAGAAAUAGUAAUAAGAGAAAACUAAAGAGAAAUCUGCUUAGCCUCAUAUUAAUUCCGUGCUGGAUAAUGGUAAAUAUAUAAAUAACGAAAAUAAACAAAACGUUUUCAAAUAAGAGUUUAAUGUACGUGUUAUACAUCUUUUUUUUAGUCGAAGAUAAUGUAAUAACGCAUCGCAUUGUACAGAAGCUGCGUAUACUUGGCAAGUUCUUGAGGCAUCCGAGUGUGCUUGCACACAGUGAUAUCUGUAUAUAUGAAUGUAAAAAAGUGACAUAAUAAAAAACUAAAUAAAAA